AUGCUGAAACAUUCCAACAAGCUUUGGUUUGGGCUCUCGAGAAAUUUGCGACGAGUGAUUGGAACCAACACCCAACAUGGGCAUCAUGGACGAGUAGAUCAUCACACAAGUUGUUUUUUCAAUUUUCAGAAUAUAAAUACAGCAUUCUAUCACACUCAAUUAUUUGAGAGAUCCAUUACAUCAAAGAAAAAGAAUUUCGGAGAGAAUGUAGAUCCCGAUUUGAUAUCGGAUUAUGUCUUGAAAAUGACUGAACAAGAACAACAACUGUCUGAAAAAAUGAAAAACGAUGUCGUUUGGAAUGCUUUCCUUGCAGAAUCAGAAGGAUAUGAAGAAUUGGUUUGGGUGGAUGCUAAAAGACGUGGAAAGGAAUUAACAGGAGAUGACAUUCAAGCCAUCAAAGCUAAAAUCAAGGAACGAAAAAAGGAAAUGCUUGAAAAAUACAAACGAAUGAGAAAAAUAUAUCAUGACAAAUCCAUUCCAGAACAAUCAAAGAAACAAGUCUAUGAGGAUCUUGCAAGAGCUUUCAAAGAGAAUGCACAUUUUGUAGAUACACCUGAAUUUCAAUCCGUUCGAGCAGAGUUUGAAAAAAGAGCUGGUUUUAAAAUUCCAGAAAAAAUUCAAGAUGAAUAUUCUCCAGAUCAAAUUGAAGAAUUUAUGAAGAUGUUAGAUGGAGAGGAAGGUAAACAAUUGGAGGAAUACAUGAACAGAGUAUUAUCGGAUGAAGUAUUUGCAAAAAUGGGAAUUAAUGCUCAAGACUAUAACCCAUUUUUAAAUCCUGAAAAAUCAAUCUUGUUACACGAUUCUAAAGAUAUCGAGAUCAAUCCACCUUCAGAUGGCGCCACUUUAGCUCCAAAUUCUCCCACAAAACCAAGACUUCCUCCAAAAUAUCUAUCAAGAGAAGAAUUUGAAACAUUUAAGCACAGUAUGAUAAAAGACCUUCAGAAGCAUUCUCCUGGUGCAGAACAAUUCUUUGCCAAUGAAACUGGUCAGUCAUUAAUGAAGGUUUUGGAAGAUUUCUAUGAAGAAGUGAAAGACCAAGAUUUGAGUAGUUUGGCUGACUUUUUGGAACAAGCUAAAAAACGAAACUCAGGCAAGUAA